CUCCAACAACCUUCACCAUUUUGCGAUUUUGCAACAAAAGGUGGCGGCGUAGUUUAUCGCCGCCAUCGUGCCACAUCGAUCAAUGUCUCUUGUCAUUUCAUUCUAUUUGCGUGUGGAACCGUGGUGGAACCUUGACAAGUGCUAAAGUGGUCGGCUUAGAAGUUUUUCAAAGGCUAUCCGAAGUUACACAAGGUGGAAUGGACUUGUCAUUGAAAAUGCGAAGAAUUGAUGGAAACAUUCCCAGUGAUAUUCUACAAGAAGAUCAGCCAAGUCAGCAACCUCCUAGCUACCAUUCACUACCAGUUCCUCCAUGGAAUGCAUAUGCUUUAGGAUACCAGGCAAACACACCAGCUAAUGAGGGUGGCUACCAGAUUGGUGCAAAUAAGGAGAACUAUAAUUCUAAUAAAGAAAUAGCAACUCAAUUAGCCCCAGAGGAAUUUUCCCUUGAUGAUGUACGGCAUUUACAAAAACUCAUAAGAGAGCUUCAUGCAGAGAACAUCCAGAAAACCCUGUCUUACAUUCAGCUGGAGCAGGCCUAUUAUUGCCUCAAAGAUGAGGUUACUGAUUUAAAGCGCCUAAAGGUCAAACAAAAGGGAAAUUCCGAAGGUCGGGCUCGGGCAUCAAGUAAUAUGAAGUUUGAUGAAGGGCGAAAAGAGGAGCUUCUAAAGGAAUCAGAUAAACUUAAGAAGACUUUUGAGGUGCUAGAGCUAGAAGAAACUAGUCCAAGUGGACCGAGUAACGUCGGUGAACAAAGAUUCGAAAAUUUCCAUGCUAUAGUCAAUAAUAAUAACGAGAUUUUGGCUGAAAACAAAAAACUCCUGGAUGCUAUGAUGCAGAAGGUGCAAGUUCUAGAAUCCGAACUUGCUGUCUGGAAGGAACGUAACAAUGGCCGUGAAGAGCUACAAAAGGAAAAGUCUUCGAUGAAUGCUGGAAAACAGACGGAUGUGGAUAUUUCUCAGCGACCUUCCAUCAUUAAGAAUAGGCAUUUAGAUAUCAGCCUUACUUUGGACGAAGAAAGGUCACCGGAUAGUGAACGGCAACACGAUCGUCAAAGCCAUACUUUCAUUUACAAAUAUCUAGCUCCAAAGGCGAAUUCUUGCUUUUCCUGUCUUAAGGCAGUAUUAUGCCGUUGUCCAAAGGCACCGCCUCAAGUCCAUGCUCGAACAGACUGAUCCAACCCACAAACUUGAAAUUCUGUUGUACUAUAUUAUUUUGUUUUGCGAUUAUAAUCUUUAAUAUUUGUUUUUGUAAAAAUCAGCUUCUAAACAGCUUUCUGCUGCGAAGGCAAUGCUUUCAAUAGAAAGUCGUAUGUUUAUGCGCUCA